AUGACGUCCACAAAUGAGCAGUUCUACCUGCGGUACUACUCCGGCCACUCGGGUCGCUUUGGCCAUGAGUUCCUUGAGUUCGAUUUCCGUGUUGUUGGUGAUGGGCGGAGCGCCAUUGCGCGCUAUGCCAACAACUCCAACUACCGCAACGACAGUCUCAUCCGGAAAGAGAUGUAUGUCAGCUCGGUUGUUAUCGAGGAGAUCAAGCGAAUCGUCAAGCUCAGCGAGAUCAUGAAGGAGGACGAUGCCAAAUGGCCCCAGAAGAACAAGGACGGACGGCAGGAGCUGGAACUGCGGAUUGGCAGCGAACACAUCUCGUUUGAGACGGCCAAGAUCGGGUCACUGGUCGACGUGACAGAAUCAUCGGAUCCCGAGGGACUCCGCGUUUUCUACUACCUAGUGCAGGAUCUGAAGGCGCUGGUCUUCAGUUUGAUCUCUUUGCACUUCAAGAUCAAGCCGAUCUAA